UUAUGUUCGUAUUAUGAAUUAUCUGUUAGUGCAUCUGUAUCGUGUUUGCCAGUUUAUGAAGACGCAAACUGAAGGUGUGCAGAAACCGUUGCAUGCAACUAACGUUACUGUAGCAGUGCAGCAGCUUCACCUAAAAAAUAAGCUGAGGUUUGGCUUGUGCCAGAAUGUGCGGGAGAACGGCUAGCACUCUGGCUCCGAAUGAGCUCAGUCGUGCAGCUCGCUAUCGAGACAGGACGGGUCAACCACACAGUCCCCGAUGGAAGGACGGAGACACUGACAAAUACCGGCCAUCAUACAACAAGAGUCCUCAGUCCUUCAGCCCUGUACUGCUGUCCAACAGACACUUCAACAAGGAUGCCCCUGUAGAUGAGUGUGUGUUGGCAGCGAUGCGCUGGGGUCUCGUCCCGGCGUGGUUCAGAGAGAAUGACCCCAGUAAGAUGCAGUACAACACCUCUAACUGUCGCAGUGAAAGCCUGCUGGAAAAGAAGUCUUACAAGGAUCCUCUUCUGAAAGGACAGCGCUGUGUCAUUCUAGCUGAUGGCUUCUAUGAAUGGAGACGAACGGAGAAAGAGAAACAGCCUUUCUUCAUUUACUUCCCUCAAAUCCAAGGAGGUCAAGUGCCUAGUCAACAGAAUGCACAGAAAACAAAAAGUGACCAAAAUUUGGACCAAGGAGAGAGUGAUCAGGACGACAGUGACUGGACGGGGUGGCGUCUUCUGACAAUAGCAGGGCUCUUUGACUCCUGGACUCCUCCUUGUGGUGGAGAGACACUGUAUACUUACACUGUUAUUACUGUAGACUCCUCUCCAAACCUUCAAAGCAUCCAUGACAGGAUGCCGGCUGUGCUGGACGGAGAGGAUGAGGUAAGACGGUGGUUAGACUUUGGUGAAGUGAAGUCAUUGGAAGCAAUGAAAUUACUGCAGCCAAAGUCUUCCUUGACCUUUCACCCCGUCUCCUCAUUGGUCAACAAUUCCCGCAACAACUCUCCAGAGUGUCUACAGCCUGUAGACCCCACAGUUAAGAAGACCGUUCAACCAACAGCCAGCAGUAAAAUGAUGAUGAGCUGGCUGAAAACUGCUUCACCCACUAAGAGGAAGAAUCCUGAUGAAGACACUUCAGAUAAAGCACCUGAAGAAAAGUCUGCAGCAGAGAAGCAAACCAAGCCGGCUGGGCCUCUCCAGCAGUGGCUGCUGGGAUCAGGUUCCAGAAAGAAACCAAGAACUUGAAAACAGAAUCACAAUGUUCUUCAGAAUGAUUUGAAAUGCACCUUGACUUGCCUAAAAAUGUUUGUUAAAGUAGCAGUUCACCCAAAACGGAUAAAUUGCUGAAAUGUACUCACCUCAGGUCAUCCAAGAUGCACAGUAUAUGAUGUUUCUUCAUCAAAACAGAUUUGGAGAAAUUUAGUAUUAUAUCACUUGCUCACCAAGAGGAUUAAACUUACAAAUGUCACUUCUAGCCAAAAUCUGUAAUGAGGCUUCCUCCAGUGGAACCCCUCCCCCCCACACACAUAAAACUCAUCAUUAUAAUGGUUUAGAACUGAUAUGAACCGUUUUAUCUUGUAAACAGUUCUAGCUUGUGAACAGUUUUUGACUUGUCAUUAUUUCUCUCCUGAUUCAGGCAAGAUGGCCUUCACAAGAGAAAGCGGUAUUAAUAGGUAUUGAUAGGUUUUGUUUAUUACAGACAUGCAGCUUUUCACUUCAGAAGACUUUAAUUGAUGGACUGGAGACGUGUGGAUUAUUGUCAUGUUUUUAUCAGCUGUUUGGACUCUCAUUCUGAUAACACCCAUUCACAAGAUUCACUGAUGAACAAGAAAUGUAAUGUUAAAUUUAAUCUAAACAAACUCAACUGAAUCUUGGAUGGCAUAAGGGUGAGUACAAUUUUAAGAAUUUCUUAACUGGUAACAGCUAAUUUGCCAAGUAUUCAGUGUUUAGUUGUACGUAUUGUUCAUUUUUGAUGAUUUUAUAUGAUGAAAAUAAACAUU